UUUUAGUCAGAGUCUAAAUAACACCAAUGGACAUAUUAGAUAUUACAAAACACGAGAUUAGCGAAAGCUUAAGAUCGUUUAGCGCAUUAUUAACAAACGAGAAUCAUAAUUACAGUAACUUUGCAACUUUACAGUGCCCUUCCUCCUUUCUGAAGGAGGAGAUCAGCCAAGACUCUGACUCAUCAAGCUCACCUAAUAGACAGAAAUAAAGCUGUAAGGUUCACAGGUGAGCGAGACGAAGCUGGAACCCCACAGUUCAAAAGUCUACAAAUCCUUAGGCAGCUUGAUGAUACUAUCCAAAACUUAGUCUAGGUAUGAAAAGAGCUCUUACAAAGGUGCCAAAGGGGCGUCCUGCUAGACCGAUACUAAAGAAGAAGCAUGGCUUAAUCUCCAUAAAGCCUUACGAAGAUAAACGCUUGAGGUCUGCGCUGAAAAAAAUUUCAGUCAAAAAUCAGCCAAACCUAGUCAAGCCAUACUGUUUUAAGAAGUUCUCGAUGGACCUAGACGACCCAAUUGUACCUUUAUUCUGGUCAACAAAGCCUUUGUGGUAUGACCAAGGGUAUUCAGGAGAUUUUGAAGAGAAUUAUGAGGAGGAUUCUGAUACAAAGCCUCAGAUUCUGGCCUUCAAGCCAGCUAGUGUAGAUUCAAGCACUGAUGACUUCCUCGUAACUUUAAAGAAGAAGCUAGUGGCCGAAAUCCGUAAGUAAGAGUCUUCAUUUACCUCAUGAGCGGCUUGAUAACAAGCUUGUCUCGAUUUUCCGAAUAUGUAAGAAGAUUCCAUACUUUUGAAAUCCCAAUUUUACUAGCCAAAAUAUUAAAUCUAUCACACAACAUUAUCUCCAAAGCUACAAGCUGUUCUUGGAUAUCUGUAAACGCUUAAAAGUCAUGAACCCUGCAAGCUUAGACAAGGUCUAUGAGAAACUCCCAACCAGUUCCAAGCCUGGAGCCCAUUCAGAUAUUCCUGGGUUUAUGGAAUACUGAAAUCUGUACUUCUCAAAGCAAGUUGUGACCAAGAUAUUUGAAGAGAGAAGGACAAAAGUUAAGGAAAUUUGCAAACUUAGAAAUGUCACCAGUGCCAAAUAGCCUCUUUGCACUUGCAAAGUCUCACAAAUCUAGCUUCCUGAAUCUGUUCAUGGCUUGCAUUGUAAUUCUCAAUAUUUUGUGAAGAGAAGAGAUUAAUGAGAGAUACCAGAAGCUCAUCGACAAAAUUCUAGUUAAAUACCGUACCUUGGUCCCCCAAUAUGAACGGCCUGAUGAUCUUGAGGUCACUUGGCAAUCAGAUGAAUAGGGUAAAUAAGAGUAUGAUUUAAUCUGCCAACAUGAGGUUCUAAUCUGAGUUAAAACUUUAAGGUCAAGAUUUCAAUAC